UUGGCGUUAUAAGAACGGGACACCUCUUUUAUUCGGUGGAUACUUCUAGGGUUUUCACUCUCACCAAUUUCCUCUUUUCUCUUCACUUAAUUUGCAGCCUUCAACUCAAUUCAAUUCGCAUGUUAGGUGGCUGCUUAUCGGCAACGAUGAACGAGUAAGGUGACCUAAUCUCUGAUAGUUGUUACUGUUUCAGCCGGUUUGACGUAUGAUUCAUUCAUCGUAUUCUGCUGGUUUCUUCUCUCGGUGUCGCUCAAGGCGAAUUUCGUGUUCUUCGGUGUUCAGUUGGUUAAGCCUUUUCCAUCUGAAAUUGAAGGGUUUUAUUGCUGGAAAUUGGUGUAGGAACCUCUACUCGAGGCUCUACGUUUUAGACUAGUUUAAGAUGUAUCGAGUCUUUUCUUCUGUAAGGAGAACUAGGAAUUAUUUUGUAAUUUUGUUGUGUUUUAAAUGUUAAUGGCAUCAUCAUCACCAUCGGUUUGUUGUGUACACUCAUGGAAGCAAGAUAAGUGUAUUUCUUCAACUGCAUGCAUCAGAUCAAGUGGAUGUUUAAUUGCUUUAUCGACGUUUGAAGCAGUUUGACAGCAGUUUUUGGUGGUCAAAUUUUCGACUUAAUGGCUGGACAAGACUGCUAUUCUGGAACUUGAUGGCAUGCUUUGGGUAGCAUGUUAAAUAACUUUCCUUCACAUCCUUUGAUAAUAUCUAGCUGGAAAAUGGAAUCCGUAGGUUCACCAAAACCAUUGCUACCUACAAAAAGGAAGGCAGCAACAGAACCUCUGUCCCCUAGUGUAGUAGAAAAACGUGCGGGUCAAAAUGAGCCACAUGUUAAUAAAAGGCCAUCACCGUUGCAGCCCGUGCUUACCAAAUCCGGUUCUCAACGUGUCCAGACACCAAAGAAUAAAACCGCAAUUUAUGAAGUCUCACCCAAGGUUCAAAGUGGGUCAUUUGAAGCAGUAAGAUCCAAAAUGAGGGAAACGCUAGCUGCUGCAUUAUCCGUUGGUAUUCAAAAUCCAGAAAAACCUCCUAACGAGCAUGAUAAAUCGCCAUCUGAAGCAGUUAAAGCACAUGCAAAUAUUCAAUCUGAUGGUAACAUUGAAAAUCGUGAAACCACAAAAGGGCAAAAUGGGAAACAUGAUGAGCAAGAGCCUCAGUACAACUAUGUCAUGCCUGAUGCAGACGGUUCAUUCGGAGACACUUUCUUUGUCAAAGAUGAACUCUUGCAGGGAAAUGGGCUUUCUUGGGCCUGGGAUAUGGAGGUAACCGAUUCGAAGGAAGUCAAUGGGGCCGAACAAGGUCAAAGUGGUGAUUUAAACGUGAGUGAAAAUAACGUUAAAUCUCCUGAAGAGUUAGCUUCGAGAAUUGAAACUGAGCUAUUUAAGUUGUUUGGAGGGGUGAAUAAGAAGUAUAAAGAAAAAGGGAGAUCUUUGAUGUUUAAUUUGAAAGACCCGAAUAAUCCCGAGCUUCGAGAAAAGGUUUUAUCUGGUGUUAUUUCUCCCGAACGAUUGUGUUCGAUGACACCAGAGGAACUCGCUUCUAAACAACUUUCCGAAUGGCGAAUGGCAAAAGCCGAAGAACAUGACAAAAUGAUAGUUUUACAGGAGUCCGAUGUUGAUAUAAGACGUUUGGUUAAAAAAACUCAUAAAGGUGAGUAUCAAGUUGAGGUAGAACAAGACGAUGCUGUUUCGGUUGAGGUUUCUGUGGGGUCCACUUCAUUUACUCAGUUUCAGCCAAAAAAGAAGAAAACUGGACAGGAAGUGAAAGAAAAAGAAGCUACCGAUGUUGACAAGAGUAAAUCAGAAAACAUUACCAUUCCCGCUGACGGGACUGACUUCAUGCAAGAUAUAAUCGUCGAUGAAUUUAAAGAUGAGGGCUUUUUACCUCCAAUUGUGUCAUUAGACGAGUUCAUGGAAUCCCUUAAUACUGAGCCUCCAUUUGAGAACUUGCCUGGAGAUGAUAAGGAGACAAAACCGGUCAACUCAGAUGCUGUUGAUGAAACUGAUAGCGAAAAGGUGUCAUCUGAACCUGCUUCUGCAGGUAGGGUUGACCAACCAAUAAUAAAGUCAAACGAGACAGUAUCGAGCACGAGAACUAGUGACGCUUCUGUCGAAAGAAAAGCUGUUUCUGUUUCUAGUGCGCUUAUUGGUGAACAUGUAUGGGAAGGUGAGCUGCAGCUCACGAUCUCAUCAUCUGUAUCUGCUGUUGGACUGUUCAGAAGUGGUGAAAAAACGUCGACAAAGGAAUGGCCUGGCUCUAUGGAGAUCAAGGGUAGAGUGAGACUCGACGCGUUUGAAAAGUUUCUUCAAGAACUUCCCAUGUCUAGAACCCGUGCGGUCAUGGUUGUGCAUUUUGUUUUGAAAGAUCCUUCCUCUGAGAUUCACCUUGCCAUGCUUUCUGAGGCAGUGGAUUCAUAUAUAGCAGAUGAGCGGCUAGGAUUUGGCGAACCAAAUCCCGGAGUUGAACUUUAUUUCUGCCCACCUCAUACAAGGAUCAUAGAAAUGCUCUGCAAGCACCUUUCUAAAAACCAGACCGAUAUACUAAAGUCAACCGAUAAUGGCUUAAUUGGUGUUGUCGUAUGGCGAAGGCCUCAUAUUAGUUUACCCAAUUCAUCUACGUCGCAUCAACAUAAACAUCAUAAAAAACACAAUUUUCCUACUAGGAGAAAUGAAAAUAUAAAUGCCAAUAAUUUCACACCUAAAUCUGUCAACCGUAUGCCGCCACAAGAGCCCGUUAAUAAUGAUGACGAUGAUGAUGAUAUACCUCCUGGUUUUGGUCCCGGUGCGGCUACUGCUGCUGCCCGGGAUGAGGAUGACCUGCCCGAGUUUAAUUUCACCGGAAACUCCUCUGGGCAGAAGAUUCCUGCCCAAGUUGGGUUUGGGUCAAAACAGACGCAGUCUAAUCCGUCUAGACCUGUAGAUCAGAUGAGGCAGCUUAUUUAUAGAUACGGACAGACUGUAGGUGGUAGUGAUGGUACAAUUAAUAAACCAUGGAAUAAAGAUGAAGAUGAUGACAUGCCGGAAUGGCAGCCGCACCAUCAUCAAAACCACCACGGCCCUGAAGUGCCGCCUGCACACUACAUGCAGCAGCAGCAGCCUGUUGGGCCGCACAUGGUUAACCAAAUAAGGCCGCCAAUAGGACAAGUUAUGAGACCACCUAUGAUGGUCCAGCCUCAAGUUAAUGUGUUGCAAAAUGUAGUUAGAUGGCCGCAGCCACCAGGUCCUCAUAUGCUACCUCCUAAUGCCGCCGUACCGGGGCAGUUUUAUGACGGACAGGGGAGGCUUGACCCUAGGAGUAGGGGUUUUUAAUUUGCUGUGUUGUAAAUAUUUAUUUUUUUUUAUUAGCUUUAGUUAUUUGCUGUAGUACCCAGACUUUUGUAACGGAGGUUAGGUUUACUGUUAUAACCAUUUUGAAUUUUUGUUGUUGACUCCAUA